AUGCUUGUUCGUCAUCGUGGAUGGGAACAGGUAGUGAAAACAAAAACAGAACGUUCAACAGUUAUUUCUGUUCUCCAAUGGACACUUCUUCGUCAUGUAACUCAAUCACUUGACCAAAUAAAUGAUGAAGAUACAAAAAAGAAUAUACUUUGGAAAGAAAUGUAUUGGUUAAAUCAAUAUUGGGCUCAACCUGUACCUAAAUCAAGUAUAGCUCCAAAAUAUUCGCAAAGACUUUUUAUUACUAAAUCACUGAACACUCGACGUGAUCUUUAUGAAUAUUUAUGGGAUGAAGAAGCACGAAGAGAACGUCUUCGAUUUCGAAUGAAAAAAAGAAAAGAAAAAUUUGCUGCUACGUUCGAUUCUAAUCGAUUGGAAUCUCCUUUUCAUCGAGGGUGUGGGUGUGGACGUGGGUGUGGAUGUGGGUGUGGGUGUGGGUGUUCUCCCAUCGCACCUAAACCCACACCCUACACAUCCACACCUAAACUCACACGCACACUCAAACCCACACACCCACACCCUGUCUUAAAAUCUUUGGGAUAAGUCACUACUCGAAUAUGUAUUAAUAACAGAAACACUGAUAUUUCUAUUCAGUUUUUCCGAACCCUUCAUCUUCAAAUUGCUAUAAAUCCAUCACAUUUGGUCAAAAUUCGCUGAACGUUUUUCCGAACUGUAGUCACUUACCCUUCUUAUGUGUGACUAACGUAUAUCUCCGGUGGCUGUCCUUGUUGAAUUCUCAUGACUUCGAAAGCUUAUUCACUGCUUGUUAAGUUACAGUCCUGUUCUAGUACUUCUUUGGUUUUUGUUCUUUACAUUUUUUUUGUUUUGACGUUUGCAUUCUUAUCUGAAAGAAUAAAGACGAUUUAGUGUUGUAUUUUUCUUGUUAGGUUGUUUUUUUUGUUUUUGACGACGGAGCAGAGAUAUUCUCAGUGUCGCACUGCAGAACCAAAAGACAGAAAUACAAACAUCGAAAUUAAUUUCACAAUGUUACCAAAAACGCGGAGUAUUCUGCAUCAGAGAACCGUGAGAUAUAUUAUAAUUCCAAU